AUGCUGGGAGAGAUGCUCUUAAUCUCGCUCGAAGGAGUCAAUCGGAAAAAUCCCAGCUUCAUCCACCAUUUCCCAAGUAAGUUCAAUUCCUCUGCAAGCUUGCAAAAAAACCUAAUUGUACCUUUUCUCUGGAUAAAAGACAAAAACCUACAGUAUUACAUAGCUCAACGACCAUCUAACAAGAAAAACAAGACAUAUUAGAUCAUCGUGUGGCAGACCCUUUUCUGUGGAAUUGAUAUUGUAGUCGAAGGCGUCGGAUUUUAUACCCCAAGUUCAACAAAAAACAAGCGCCCUGUUGAGCUUGCAUACAAUAUGUCAUGCGACAAAAAUGAGAUCAGGAAUUCUGAGAAGUUGGAGUCACUUUAUCGGGUUACGGUAGCUUUCGACCUUUCUAAGCGGAGAAAGUUUUAGUGGUCCUUUUAGGGGUUUUCUUUGGUUUUUCUGAGCUAGUCUUUUUCGUUGGUUUAGAAGCAACUUCGGCCCCAAAGUGACCCCUGUAGUGGCCUCUUAUUGAAUGGUUUUUUAGACUUAUUCAGCUUAAGCGAGUUUAAUAUGGCUGUUCUUUUGUACCGAGGACUGAAAGGCGAGACUUUUCAGGAAGUGGCCACUGAAGGGGUACUUCUUGAAAAGAACCCUAAAGUGUCAAAAAAAGUUCAUCGAAGUGAUCGUGUUUUAGUGGUUUUUGUUGAGGGCUUUUUGAACAGCUUGUCAAAAACUUUUUAAGUAAUUUUUUUACGGUUUUUUUUCUCAAAGUAGUAACUUAAGGGUCAUUUUUUGGGCGUUUGAAUCGAUUUCCGUAAAAAGAAACAAAAUUCACUUGUAAAUACCUCCCUUGGCUCGUUUUUCUACAGAAAAAUAGUCGAUUUAGCGGUUUUUCUUCCUGUAAAACUUUCGAAAAAAUCAUCCAGUCCAUAAUUAGAUACGAUCAAAAAGCCUGGAUUUCAGCUUUUCUCUCAUAAUCACUUGCUUAAAUUACCUCUCCGUAUAAUCUCUUAGAGACCAAGGAAACCAAAUACGUUUCCACCGAUUUUGUAGCUUGGCUCGAAGCCAAAGCCUCACUGCAAAAGCCUUGCAACAUUUUUAUAGUUGAAGCCUAUCCAACUUACGCAUUGUAGUCUCCCAAGCUAUACUGGAGCGUUGGAACAAGCCAAUGUAGUUGGAGCUUUCAGAAGGGAUUCAUAGUUCAUUCUUCUCCUUUUGUUCCUUCAUCUCUCUUCUGUAGUUUUUUUUAAUUAAAAUUCCCCGAAGGUUUAAAAAUUGUAAACAGUUUUCAAUUCAAAGAACUAUACGACUAUUUUUCGAACAGUUUUUUGGAGUUGGAAUAUUAUCUAACGUCGUUUUGUAUUACAGCAUUUGAUCGGAAAUGUAGAACUCAGACAAGAAUUACGUUUUUAAUUUAAAGAACUAUGGGUGAAUUUUCGGAACAAAAAAUAACUUUUUCUCAUGAAACUCAGCUCCAAGAAUUUCGCUCAAGUUUUUGAAAAAGUUCUAGUUAUAAACGAGGUUCGAAAACCCUUGCUGCGUCUUUUAAAAAUGGUCCCAAAGCGAUUAGGCGCUUACAGCGUUAUUUUGAGCCUCGGGACCGUUUUUCCAGGGAUAUUGAACAGGCUUGAGCGAAAUGGAAGCGGUUUUUAAAAAAAUAUUUUUUUAUAAAAAUUUUUUUAAAUUUUUUUCCUGAUUUCCCCCUCAAGUGCAGAGCUCACCUGUAUUAAUUAAAUUUUUUUAAGUUGAAUCUUCUGAAAGUAGGAUAUCGAUUAGUUUUUUUCGAACAGCUUCAAACUUGAAAUAUUUCCGGAAUUCUUCAGAAAACUGUAGAAUUCAAUUUUUUUAUAAUAGCAUGUGAUCGGAAAUAUAGAAUUUAGGCGAUUUCGCGUUUUCAGUUUAACGGAGUAGUAGUUGAAACAAAAACUAUCGUUUUUUUAGGCAAAAAAAGUUGAAAAACGAAAUAUUUUUUGUACUUUUUUUCUCAGUGCAUCGCCGAAACGUCCCCAAAGCUUCACAAAAAAUCUCUACGACAGUUUUUUCUUCUCCUUGCACACGUCUCCAAGAUCCAAAAACAGUUUCCGGGGUGGCGGCGGCGCCGAUGUCGCUCAAAUCGCCGUCAGAACUUCGAAUCAACAUCGACGCGCCGUGCUGACGUCACAACAAACGACCCGAGAGUCGGCCAAACAAAAAAAAAGGCAAGGAGCCUACGUCAUCAAUCAGCACUGCAGAGAUACGGUUAUCGCGCGAAAAAUACUUCUUCAAACCUGACCAUUCCAGCAGGAAAAAGGCAGAAAAAAAGGGGGAGAAGGGGCCGAAUCGGGUUGGGUUGAGCGAAUUGACUCGCUUUUUGAUGAUCUGUUGCAGACGGACUCGACUUGUUUCUUUGGGUUUUCUCGCCGGAAUCGACAUUUUCUUCUUCUUUUUGA